AGUUUAACCUAAAUAAUGACGUAUGUCAUUGAGAUGUUUGUUGUUACUGUGCAUAUAGUUUAAUUUGUUUUGAAAAUUUUUGAACGAAACGAUUAGAAAAUACUUGCAAAAUGAAUGAACAAGUGAACAAAGACUGUUUAACUCCUAAAUCUCAUAAAAACAAGAGCACGUCGAAGAAUAACGGUUCAGAAUUAAUUGGAAGUAUCAACGCAUGUCAGAUAAGUGAUGAAUUUUUUAAAAAUCUUAUGAGCGAUCCUUCAAAAAGAGAAUUAAUAUUAAACAUAAUAACAUCGGAAAGAGAUAAAAUAGAUGCUUAUAAAAAAAAGUUAGAACUAAAAAACCAAAGAAGUCCUUUUUAUAAAUCGUUAAAAAAACCGUGCGAAAGCCCCACGGCUUUACACAGAAGACGAGUAUUAGAGCGAUUAAGAAAUCCUCAAACUUCUGAUAGUACUUCGGAUAGCGAUAGCAGUAGACCAACAUCUAGACAAUCCACAUCGUCUAAAGUAAAUUCUUCUGUGCCUUUCGAUAAGAUUUUAGAUGGCGUUAUAGCGUUUGUAGAGGUAAAAAGUGGCGUACGAGAUCGUUCAGAAGCCGUAAAAUCACAUUUACGUUGUAUGGGAGCCGUCGUUAGAGAAAAAUUUACAAAAGACGUUACACAUGUAAUAUUUAAGGAAGGACAAUUUAGUACGUACCAAAAAGCAAAUUUAAUGAAAGUACAUUUGGUAUCAGUACUUUGGUUGGAAGCUUGUAAAACCAGCGGUACCAAAGUACCUGAGAAAAAAUAUCCUGCUUUUGGAACUACAAAUUAUGAUCAUAAUGUAUCGAUUCUUUGUUCUCAAAUCCAAAAAGACUAUGAGGAAAUAAUUCGCGAGGAAUACCAAAGGACUAAACAGACUGGUACUUUACUACCAUCAACGACAUCUCUCGUUGAUAGACGCAAAACCUUCACAAACCACGUUACAAGAACCAAUAAAACAGGUUCUCCUACAGAUAGUUAUAUAUUUGAUGAUGAUACAGCAUUUGAUGAAGAUUCUGAUACAAAUCCGAUCAUAGAUGGAGAUUUUUCCGAAAAUAACAGUGAAGUUUUCAUUAGUAGAAGAAAAAUGGGAAAUUUCGACGAAGAUAUGGAUUUGACUAACGUACUUGGAGAAAGUAGUAAAGAAAACCGUUCUCCUAAUAAUAAAUCGAAAAAUGAUGAUUUUUAUAAGAGAAAAACACUCAGUAAUUCGAAUACAGAUAAACCAAAAAGUACUCGUAUAUUUAAUAAACAGGAAUUGAUAACUGAUGAUGCAGUUAUGAAUUUAACACCAAGGACUCUUCGUAUUUUUAAUAAAGACGACGUAGUUGAUGGUACAAAUAUAGAAAAACCAACUGAAUCCACCGGUACCUGUAUGUCUUCGUUACGUAUAUCAGACAAAUCGAAAAACGGAAUAAAAACUAGUUUCAACAGUGAAACAUUCGAAAUAUCUUUCAGUCCUCUCCCUCCGAACGUAAUUAACGACGUUUUGGAUAAAUUACGAGAUAGUUCCGAGGAAAACGAUUUAAAAAUCGUAAAAAACAAAACACCGAUGAGUAAAAUGAAAAUUACUUCUCCAAAAAAAGAUCAAAAUGAAAUUAAAACGAGAAGACAAACCAUGAACGUUGCCAUUUUUAAUAAAAGUCCGUCUAAGCAAUUAAAACGAAGUAAAAGUUCGAUAGAUUUAGGUAAAAACCUAUCCCCCGAUUCGCAAAAUAAGAAAAAAUUCAGAAAAUUGUACACCCCUACGGAUUUUCGAGAAUUAGUCGUAGACGACGAAAAAGAACGAGAAGAAAAAAGAAAAGCGAGAAAACCGAAAAGUAGAAGCGGAGUGUUCAUCAAACCGAUAACGCUUUUUCAAAAAAAUAAAGAUCCCGUUGAAAAAAACGAAGAAAAUAUAAUAAAUUCGAUAGAAAUUCAAAAACCCGCUGAUAAAAAACGUGAUAGCGAUGAAGAUGAACAAGUGGGAUUAAAAAAGGAAAUUUUAAAUAAACAAAUUGAUAAAGAAACGCCGAGAAGACGAUCCGUAAGAUUGAUCAAUAUGAAAAACACCCCAGUAACCCCAUCGAUUAAUAGAAGGAGUACGUUGGAAUUUCAACCCCAAAGCGCGAAGAGGAAAUUGAAAAUAGACGUUUUGAAAAAACCGAGUAUAGUUUGUACUAAGAUGCAUAAAUCUGAAGUUCAAAUAUUUUUACAAAUCGUUAAAAAAAUCGGGGGUUUCGAUGUUGAAGAUGAAGUUUCGGAAAAAACCACCCAUUUAGUGGCUGGGGAACCUAAAAGGACGAUAAAUAUGUUGAAAGCACUCGCUAUGGGUUGUUGGAUUUUAAAAAAAGAAUGGUUAUUUUCUUCGUUGGAAUCCGGUAAAUGGCUUCCAGAAGAAGAUUUCGAAGAAACCGAUUUCUCGCCUGCGGUGCAGAAAAAUCGUAUUCAACGUCAAGCCUUCGGUCCCUCUUACACAAUGGAUAUUUUCCGUGAUUACGGACCUAUGUAUGUUGCCAAAGGCAGUAUACCGAGAUGUUCGGAUUUACGUGAACUUAUUCAGUUAUGUAAAGGAAGAAUAACUGCCGUUCCUCGAUGCGCUAGGAUCAUUAUAGGAGAAUAUGUUGAAUACGACGCAGUUAUUUGCGUUAAGGAAACUUGGGUUUUAGAUUGUAUCAGUCAAAAUAAAAAAUUCCCAUUUAAAAAAUAUCUCAUCAAAUAAAUUUCCUUUCAGUCGGAUCUUUAUCAAAAAUAUACGAUUUUUAAGUCGCAAAUAUUUAUUUACAGUUAUUGUUUUCAACUAUUAUUUACUGUUUUGUUUUUUCAACAAUAUUUUCAUUUCUUCAAAUCUUCAUAUUAUUACAAUUUCACUUGAAACGAUUUUUAUAAAACUUGUUGAUGCUCAAAUAUAUUUUUGUAUUUUA